GACACCGUGUAUCCGGAAACAAUCCGUAUCAGAUCAUAAACACCAACCGGAGAGCAGGUGGGAUGUGGGCCCCGCGCGAUGUAGUGCUACUAAUUUCCUUCUCGUUACCUAGAUCCAGCGUCCCGUUACUUGCUUCAUUUCCCAAUCACCUCGGCCAUUGACCUCCAAACCCUCUACUCUCGAUGGAUCCCAUCUGAUACCCAGUUUGGAGGUCAAAAACCUUUACCAUUCGGCGAUCUCCAACCCUACUACUUCCAGGGUUUUAUCGUACACUUAUCUAUUCUUGAGCUUGUUAUAUUUUUAGGGUUUCAGUGAUUUUUUCGUUGUUCUUCUUGUUCUUCUUCAUUUGGCUGUGAGAUUGUUUUGGUGGACAUUGUGCGGCAAGCCGGCAUCGCCGCCGAGAAUCGAGGAAAGGUGCUAUUGCUUGAUGUCAUUUAAGAAAAUGAGCUUACAGAACUAACAAAGUUGUGGAACCCGAUGGAUUGACCUUGAAACUGGAAGAGAAGUCAAAGCCCUAAAGGAGCUAAUUGUUGGGAAUGGUAUGCUAUUUUGGUUGUGGUUUCAGAUUCUCAAUUAUAUCUGGAAAUGCUGGAUCAAAAUCUAAGAAUUGGAAGGACUGGAAGAAUGGCUUAGGGCAUUUCUGUAAAAGAAAAAUGGGAUACUGGGUAGGAUGACAUGAAGGGACAGUGACAGAGAAUUCUUCAUACAUGGAACAGUUAAAUAUAAUGAGUUUGAGAUUUCCAAAGCGAUAUCUUAUUGUUCUGCUGACGUUCAUCAGCACAAAUGUGUGCUACAUUGAGCGUAUGGGCUUCUCAAUUGCUUACACUGUGGCUGCAGAUGCCAUUGGUGUAGAUCAAUCAAGCAAGGGCCUGAUACUUUCAACAUUCUACUAUGGGUAUGUUGUCUCACAGGUUCCUGGUGGAUGGGCAGCACAGCGACUAGGAGGAAGGCGUGUUCUGCUUAUGUCAUUUGUACUGUGGUCUUCAACAUGUGCUUUAGUUCCACUGGACCCUAGUAAAGUCAGUAUAUUAGUGCUUGCUCGCUUGCUUGUUGGGGUGGCACAGGGAUUCAUAUUUCCCUCCAUUCAUACAGUGCUAGCGCAAUGGGUCCCUCCACAUGAGCGUUCCCGUUCUGUAUCUCUUACAACUUCAGGGAUGUACCUAGGUGCAGCUGGUGGCAUGCUUCUACUACCAAGCUUGGUGAAGUACAAGGGUCCUCAGUCAGUUUUUGUGGUUGAAGCAGCAUUGGGUGCCAUCUGGUCUAUCCUUUGGUUUAAAUGUGCUAGCGAUCCACCUCGUUCUGAUCAUCCUAAGGCAAUGGCUGCUGGUUUUGGGGAGUCUUUGUUGCCUAAAACUCGGCUGAAAGAUAAGAUGAGAGUGCAAAAUGGUGGAAAUUCUCUCAAUGCCACUAAGAUCCCAUGGAAGAGGAUAAUAUUCAGUCUGCCAGUUUGGGCAAUUGUGGUGAACAACUUCACUUUCCAUUAUGCAUUAUAUGUGCUUAUGAAUUGGUUGCCAACGUAUUUUGAACUCGGUCUUCAGCUCAGUCUUCAGGAGAUGGGAUCUUCGAAGAUGCUCCCUUACCUGAACAUGUUUAUUUUUUCUAAUAUAGGUGGAGUAGCAGCAGAUCACCUGAUUACAAGAAGGAUCUUGUCUGUGACAAAGACUCGUAAACUUUUGAAUACUGUUGGGUUCAUCAUAGCUGCUUUUGCUUUGAUGGCCCUCCCAUAUUUCAGAACUUCUGCAGGGACUGUGUUCUGUUCUUCACUUUCUCUUGGCUUUUUGGCACUAGGAAGAGCAGGAUUUGCUGUAAAUCACCUGGAUGUGGCUCCAAGGUAUGCAGGCAUUGUGAUGGGAGUUUCUAAUACGGCCGGCACAUUGGCUGGUAUUGUUGGUGUGGGGCUCACAGGGAGCAUUCUGGAGGCUGCAAAGACUGCUAAUCUAGAUCUUUCAAGCUCUGAGAGCUGGAGAUCCGUAUUCUUUGUUCCAGGAUACCUCUGCAUAUUCAGUUCUGUUAUUUUUUUAAUAUUUGCAACGGGAGAAAGAAUUUUCGAGUAACAAACCAUUACUAUGGACAUUUUUUUGUUCAAAAGUCCAUUGCCAAGAUUUUAGCUGGAGAUUUCAUUUUAAUACUUUUGGUACAUUCAGACCACUGGUUUCUUUACACCGAUUUAGAUUCAUUUGAUGCUAUUGUAUUUUAAGCAUUGUAAUGGCUAAUGAGUAAACAACAUGGAAUGUCAAGAUCAGAAAUUGAGGUUCUCGAGAUCAAGUUUAUUUCUUUAUAAUUUUCAUUUUCUUCCCUUGUAUUGGCCAUAUGACUUGAGCUCAUUUGCUUGUAAUUUGGGCAAUAUCAUUGCUUAAUUAGGAAGAGCAGAGGCUUUAAUUGAGAUUA